AUGAAGCUUGCGAAUGUUCUCGGUGCCGUUGCUUUCACCAGCUUGAUGGACUGGGAAGCUUCCAAAGAAGGAUAUGGCAUUCAAUAUAUUCAGUCCACAGAUGGCAAUGAGAAUGGCCUAACAGCCGUUGCAUUGGCAACAAAUGGUUCAUAUAUCGACGACAUAACCGUUUAUGGUGAUAAUCCCAUUCUUCCCUGGCUGCAAGAGUUUUCCGCAGAGCUUGAUGACUUGGCCCAGCAAUUAUACAGCCAGGGUAUCAGUCAAACUCAAUACAACGAAGGAAACGUGACCUGCUCAAUUGAUUUGAUUUCGGACGAGACUAUUAAUGGUAGUACUCUUGACAAACGGGGAGGUAAGGCUAAUAAUUGUGGCUAUUUUUGUGGAGGUAACUCAUGCUCAGGUAAAAAAUGUAGCAAGUGUAGAAAACAUUUCAAAACUUGGCAUUGCAAAUGA